AUGGAACUUGUACAGAACGUGUUUUCUCUCUUGCCUGACGACAACGAUAGAGAAAUUGAAGAGUUCAUCGGUGUAGUUGCUGGGGAGGCAAGGGUUACUCAGGAGGAGGAGGAGAAGCGGGGGCAAGGACAGAAGGCGGAACCCAAGAAGCAGAAGCAGCAGGAAGAGAACCAGUGCCAUCCUGCUAUGACGCGCGCCAAGUGUCCUGUUCUUUCAAAGUCGUUGUACAAGAGCAAUAUCGAGAAACCAGCCCAAGAAGGUAAAGAUCAAGUAGAGGAUGUUAAGGAGAAAGGAAUAGCCGAUGUUUUCCAAGAUAAUGCAAUGGCGAAUGGUUAUCAUCAAGAGAUGGCUAGUCAUAAUCGGGGGUAUAGUAGCGGAGGGGAUAAUGGGUAUCAGGGAAAUGAGGUAGGGGAGGGACGUUAUAGAAGGAAUUAUGGAAGGGGUAAUCUCUAUCGAGAGAAUAAUGGAGGGGAGCAAGGUUUUGGAGAGAAUAAUGGAGGGGAGCAAGGUUUUGGAGGUGAGGGAAGUUAUAGAAGGAAUUAUGGAAGGCGUAAUCUUUAUCAGGAGAACAAUGGAGGGGAACAAGGUUUCGGAAGGGAGAGAAGUUAUAGAAGGAAUUAUGGAAGGGGUGAUCUUUAUCAGGAGAGCAAUGGAGGAAAACAAGGUUUUGUAGGAGAUGGAAAUUAUGGGGGAAGUAAUUUUUAUCAAGAUAAUAAUGGAAGGGAAGAAGGCUAUGGGGCUCAUCCUGGUGGUAUAAGAGGAAGAGGCCGUGGUCGAGGGAGAGGGUUCAAUGAAAAUAAUAAUGGGUCUGAAGAUCUCGUUUUCGAAGAAACACAACAUGUGGUGAAGGAUGUCGAUGGCAGUGUGGAGAGACAGAAGAAUGGCGACUUGAUUACUGGAGACAGCAAUAACGGGCCAGUCAAUGGUGAUAGCAGCAGUCGUGGAGCGGAAGCUGCUGAUUCUAACAAGGAGAAGAAAAAGAAAAAGAAGAACAAAGUUAAUGGUCGUUCUAACAAGAAGCAUCAAGAGGAAGAGAAAAGUCCUGCAAACUCCAUGACCUACCAAGAGUAUGAGAAAGUGCUACUUGAGAAGAAGAGAGCUUUGGAAGCAAUGGUGAAUUCUGAGAAACCGAGAGCUACUAUGGACAAGGAUUUUCAGUCGAUGCAACCCAUUGGUAAAAAGAAAGAGGGAAGCAGCAUCAAGCCCAAUACUUCUGAAAACAAUCUGAUGAAGAAAGGUGGAGUUGCCAACAAGGAUAAUGCCCCCAAGACAAUGAACAUUGAUGAGUUCCUGAAGCCAGCAAAGGGGAAGAAAUCUUUUGCAAGCUAUGGUGGUCGUACUAGAUAUCAGAGUGAGAGACCUAGUGAUGAGCCUGGGGACAUUAAUAAUGACCGAAGGUUUUCAAGGCAAGCACCUGUUCCUAGGUUCGAUGAUAUUGUCCAAUUUCCCUCUCUUGGAGGAGAAGCAACAAAAUGA